AUGAAUGAAAAUCGGUUUAAUUUUAAUAAUUCAUUAUUAUCUUCAACAGAUUUUCAAUGUGUUUCAGCAGUAAUUGCUAGAACUGAUACACAAGAACAAUUUAAUACAAUAAUGUGCUUUCUUUCUUCAUCCAAACAAUAUAAUACUAAAAUAAAUAUUCUAUCAGCUCAACUUCUACCUAUUAUGGCAUCAUCUUGGCCAACAACAACAACAAUGUAUUAG